AUGGUGUCUCUUGUUCUUGUCUCCUCCACCUUGUCCGCCCACAGAGAGGAGCUGACAGAGGUGAUUCUGAGGCUGCUAGGAGCCUGGGGAGACCCCCUGACCCAGCUUCACCAUAGGAUGGCACAGCAGGAGCAGAAGAAGGACUUCAACCCCCUCAGCAGCAACAGGGCUCUGGAAAUGAGUGACAUGGUGGAGGAGCUGAGGAAUGGAGUGGAGAGGGUGGCAGAGAAGAUGCAGUUGUUGGGGGUUAUCAGUAACACUCUGCGUGACCUAUCCUCCCUUGAUGCCCUGGUCUCAUCCUCUUCCUCCUUCUCUAAGAGGAGUGAGUUCAACGUCAUGGACCAUCAAGACUUGCUCUACUGCUUCCGUAGAGACUCUAACAAGGUCCAGAGCUACCUUCGCAUCUACCUUUGUAAAGCAGAUUUCUAUUUGAUGUGCCAGGAUGUCGGUUACUCUGUGAUGCGUCUGCCCAACUUCCUGGGCCACAGCAGCCUGGAGGCUGAGGUGGUGCCGCGGUCGGAGGACUGGAAGCCCCUGCUCCAGACGGGGUGCCACCCCCAGGCCCAGGCCUUCCUCUGCUCCCUCAUUGCCCCCGUCUGCCUUGACACGUUCAUCCAGCCCUGUAGGAGUCUGUGUGUGUCUGUGAGGGACAGCUGUGCUCCGGUGUUGGCCUGUCAGGGUCAGACCUGGCCAGAGGCCCUGGACUGUGACCGCUUCCCCAUGCAGGAGGACACGUGUCUGUCACCGCACCCCAAACAGAACCGCCACCUGGCUAAAGUACUUCCCAAGCCUGCAUGCCAGUCCUGCCCUUCUGUAGAGGAGAGCCCCUUGCUGAGAACUGUGCUGGAUGCACUGUGCCGGGAUGAAUUUGUUGUAACAGCAAAACUGUCCCGCCGACGCCAUCACACGGGGAAGCCUGAGUUUGAGGUGGAUGGCAGGGUGGACUUCUUUCGCCAGGGCCCUCUCCUCCCUUAUGACACCCAGCAUCUCCUUCAGCAGUGGCUCCUCAUCAACCUGCGCUGCUCCCACACUCUGGUGCGGCCCGGGCGCUCCCAGCUUUACCUGUUGACUGGCAGCGUGCUGCUCGACCGCACCCUGGCCCUCAACCACCUGUUCCCCUGGCACAAAAAGGACGCUAACCUGGCUGUAGGAACACGCAAGUGGAAACACCAUAGGUGCUGAGUGAAUGGAAGAACCAGGCCUGGAAACAGCAUCAAAGGAUAAACCCUGAGUCUGUGCGACUUUGGCAGUCUCAUUUGCCUGGGGCAUGACCUUAGUU